AUGGCCACAACUCCCCAGCCCACGCACAACGGAUACUAUCCUUUCGUGGACCGCGGCCAUUCCCUUUCCGCCCAUAUCCCCUCCUCACUAGCGACUCCCCCAUGGGGAAACAAGACUUUGACGCCCAACAACAAAGUUACUCUUGAAGACGAACUGGCUGAGUUCAAGCUCAAAGUCUAUCGAGGCGAGGAGCACAAGGAGCUGGAAGUGAAGAUGCGAUGGGACGAUGAGGUGCUCCUGAACGAGCUCGCGGAGACGUACGACGCUCUGCGCGGAUGGAGGGGCAAAUGGCUGUCCGUGAAGUGCAUCAAGUCCUUAAUGAUUGUCGAAAUCGAUCCCAGGUUCGUUUGGCCACAACGCAAGGGGAUGGGCGCACUGGCUACCGACGACCCACGACGCAUCCGGCGCCUGCUUGCACACCCCCAGCAGCGCCGGGGCCAACGGCACAUCAUCAACUCCUUCGCCCGCGAGAGAGAAAACGGCAUCCUCCGCGAGCACGAGUUCGGGGUCGAGUUCGUGGAGUGCAACGACUCCACCCUUAUCCUAGCUCUCGUGUUCGUGUCCACGGCUGCAAUCCCCAUCGUUGCCGUGGUCUACGCGACGGUCGUCGGGAAUUUGGACAAUGCAUCGGACGUCUCCAACUUGGUCAUGCAGGUCGCUCAGCUGUGGGUCAGCGCGUUGUUCCCGGGCGUACUUCGCUUCAAGUACUGA